GAUAAACUCGCUUGAUUAAAUUAUUUGUUAGAUUGCUGAAAAUUAACUUCAAGCAAGUUUAUUGCCUGUAGAGAGGACUAUAAAUGGUUGGGAGGACUGGAUGAAAUAAACAUAUUGGCUGCAGAAUGUGUCUAGAGUUAUGUAGUGAAAGGUAGUUGAUUGACCAACGCUAGGGAAAUUCUCCCCAGAAGUGCACAAGAAAUAUUGCGCCGUAAAUUGCACCAUUUUUGCAUUGCGGGAUCUGUAGCAUUAUGGUCAAAGACAAAUAUAUUAAACCAUACCGUUACAGAUCUGCAGCUAAUGUAGUAUAUAAUGCUGUUUUAGUACAUUUGACAAAUUAUCUCUCAUCAUUUCAGGAGUUAGAGGAAUUCUGGGCCUAUCAAGAACUGCUAGAAACCUUUGUCAAGCGCCUGGCUUAUUGUGUGUCUGCAGAAAUCCUACCGCUCAUGGAAAUACCAGGCGUCAAACUGGGUAGAGCUAAGCAGUUAUACAAUGCGGGAUUCCAGUCUGUGGCGUUAGUGGCGGCUGCUGAUCCCGAGAUCCUUGUUAAAUCCAUACAGCAGAUCCCUCGUAAAGUGGCCAAACAGAUCGUUGCUUCCGCAAAAGUUUUGCUGAAUGAAAAGGCAGAGGCCUUACUACAGGAAGUAGAGGAACUGGUGACGGUUCCGGUCGACCGAUCAACCGUACAGAGUUCACAGGGUCAAACCUCUACCUGGGAUGACAUGGACUUGUUUUCUAGUCUUGAUACACAGUCUUCUACCUCAUGAUUAAAAAAUUGACAUUUUUUUGUAGGACAAAAAAUGUAUUUAGAUGAGGGAAAAAACUCUUAAACCCUAACCUGGGCCAAUGAUUUAAUGUACAUGUAUCAUAGCGCAGUUCUAUGGAUUUAAGCAAAGUGAAUGUGACAUAAUAUAUCUUACAAAGACUGUUGUAGUGCUCAGGGUUUUCAUUUAACUGCUGAUUAUAUUGCUUCUUUUUUUUGACGUGAAAGAUAAUAACUUGUACAUGAUAAAACAAGUCCAUGUACAGCAUAAAAUGUGAAUAUACAAUAUCUCAUAAUGAAAAUCCCUGUAGUAAUAUUUUCAGACAAGUGUUUAUAAAAAUAUAAACUUUUAUAAAAAUAUAAAAAAGCUGACUUAGGUAUUAAAACUACUUCCAAAUGUGUGUUAUUGUGCUUUAAUUCUUGCAAGUCUAAAGACUGUGCUACAUUGCUUUAAAGUACUAGUCUUUAUUAUUUCAUGCGAAUAUGAUUUUUUUUUAUCAUGCACACAGUUUUUGUGAUAUAUUC